AUGGAUUAUUCCGAAAUUUUCGAAGAUGAUUCUGACGACAGAACAACUACAUUUUCAUUAAUCGCUGGCGAGUCGACUGACAAAGGUUGUACGAAGCAUCUUGGCAUUAUUGCUAGAUAUUUUGAUAGUGAAAGGAUAAGAGAUUCAUUUCUCGCAUUAAUUCCCAUGAAAGAUGCAAAGGCAGAUGACAUUUAUGGAAAAAUUAUCAAGUUCUUCACGACACAUAAUAUUCCAUAUAAAAAGAACCUAAUCGGCUUUGCCUCUGAUGGAGUCAAUGUAUUGGCAGGCCAAAAUAAUUCUGUGAUGACUAGCUUUAGUUUAUAUGCGAAUUACGCGUGUAAAAAGCUACCUAGGGAAGUGGAGGAUUUAGUAAGAGAUGUGUAUAAUUACAUUUCUAAUAGUCCCAAAAGAACAGCUUUUUAUCAAGAAUUUCAAAAGUUUACUGAAAUUCCAGUUCACAAAAUCCUCCACCUCGCCCAGACAAGAUGGCUUUCACUUCCCAAACAGCACAAAUGA